AUGAAUCUAUUUUUCCUAAUUCUAGCAAGUUUUUUGCUAGAAACAGUUGGAGCUUGUCGAUCUGAUCCAAUAAUUGACAAUGGAAUGAAUUAUGAUUUGAAUAUUGAAGAAAAUUGCGAGAAUCAUUUUCCAAUUCAUCCGGAUAAAUCAAUAAACCUCAAACUUCCCUGCGAUUCUCAAUAUAGUUUAUGGAUGACAGUUGAGGAAACCAACGAUCGCAUUUUUCAUUCGAAUGCAACUCUAGAUUGUUCAAGAACCGAUGAGAGAUUUCUAACUUUUCAAGCACCACUCAAUGUUGGGUUGAUAGUUGUUACACAGAAAACCGUCACAAUCAAAGUUCUGAUAACAGAUCAGAAAAAUGUCUGCGCUUACCCAUAUAUUAAAUUGAGCUCAAAUGAAACUAGAGUGAUUCAAGAGGAUCUGACUUUUGAUAACUUGCAAGAAUGUGUUUAUCGAAUUAUUCCAGCUAAUGAUGAUUUCAAUUCAGUUAAUAUAACUUUCGGAUCUUUGGACAACCUCAACUAUGAGCAAAGAAUUGGGAAAGAUGUUAACAUUUAUAAUACAAGUAAAGUCUUCGAUUUGGUCGAUAGUUUUGAUAUUAAAAUCAAUCCCUAUGUAGAAAUUCCAGAAAUCAAAGUGCAAUUUAUAAAUAACGGUGAGAAACUUUGAACAUUUUUGAACAUCUGUUUAUUUUAGAGUGCACAAAAAUGCAUUACUUCCAAAUGGCCGAUAAUUUUUUGAAUAUUCCAUCAAUUCCAAAACCCAGUGAUGAUCAACCGUGUAGCGCUAUUGUUAAAUCAAUAAUAAAAAUCGACUUUGAAAAUUUGAAAGAUGAUGAAGUUAUUUUUAUGCAGCACAAUGUAGAGAAAGAUAAUUUGAAAAUUAUGGAUAGAGCAAACGACAAAGUUGUGAUGGAGUGAGUUAAAAAAUUAAUAAAAUGAGUGAUUUCCUUUCAAUUCAGCGAAACUCAUUGGCUGAAAAAUGCAGCACUUCAAAACAUUACAAAACUUCGGAUAACUGUGACCAACAAAUGGGAUUAUGUACUUAACUUUACACGAGUUCCAAUUCAACACGGAUGUGAAUGUCCAAGUUACGGAAAUCUAGUCAGCACAAAAAGCAGUGAAUUCGGAAUAAGCUUCAAUUCAUGCAAAAAUGUGUUUUGUCAUAUUAGAUUGGAAAACCCGAAAAAUGCCAUUCUCAAUGUUCACUUUUAUUAUUCACAAAUACCUUCAGGCCCCAGUUCUGAUAUUUUCGGUGUUGUUGAGAAGGGAAAAUAUCUUCCGUAAGUAAAAGAAAAAAUAUAGAACUACCAAUAAAAUAGAUUUUAUUGUUAAUCUUCGAAGUUGGAUGAGAACACAAAAAAAACAUUUAAUUUGGAUUUUCAGAUUAAACGGAGGUCCUCACGAUUUCUCGCUAAAUGAUGAUUAUUUUGAAAUGUCUUAUAUAAGAUUGAACAACACGAGUCAUGAUACAAUGUAUUCACAAUUUGAUUGGCAUUUUACAAGAAGUAAGAAUUUUAGGAAUAUUCUUCAAGAGAUUGUGAUUAAUUUCAGAUUUUGAAUGUUCUGAAGAUGAAACUCGAGAUGUUACACCAGGAAGUUCUAUUGAAAUAACUAGCAUUAACUUUCCAUAUCCAUAUCCACCUAAUCUAGAUUGUAAAACAUUGGUAAAAACCGAUCGAAAUUCUACUCUCGAGUUUAAUUUCAAACGUUUUUGUUCUGAUGGAUGGGGUGAUGUACUAGAAAUUUACAAUGGUGAUACGACCGAUUCAGAUAAGAUGAAGACAAGCUUGAAAGGAUGUAAGAAGCCCAACCAAACAAUUCAAACAUCUAGUCAGGCUUUGUUACUUUUCCAAUCGGAUAAUAUUACUAGUUCCGAAAUAACAGGAUACAAGAUUAUUGUGACAGCUAGUAAGUUCCAUAGUUCUUCUCAAGAAAGGGUACUUCUGGAAUAGUGAGACCUCAAAGGGAGAUUUUAUAAUAUAAAACCUCUAGAAUUUUACUAUUCUACACAUCACCUGGAUUAAUUGUCUUAUCCAACCUUUAAAUCUUUAGAACCCUUAUAUUCUACAACAUCUACUACAUCUGCCACCACAACAACAUCUUCUACAAAAAAUCCACCAUCUACUUCAAAAAAAUCAUCAUCUUCCAAUGAAAACCCCGAAUCUUCAAGCUCCCAUGUAUUUCUAUACAUUUUCGUGAUUUUCCUAAUUGCAGCCGGAGGCGCUGGUUAUUUUUAUCAAGAGAAAAUCAAGAAACUCUUACCUGGUUUCAAUUUUCCACUAAACACCGCUCCAACAACUGUGCAAAACGUUAACUUUUCUUAG